AUGGUAGAAAUUAACGAAAUUGAGUUUAUUGAAGAAACGGAAUAUUUUAAAUUUCAGCAUGGGGCUUGCUUUUGUAUGCUAGAGGAAGAGAAAAAACAAAAAAGGGAAAUCCACAAUAUAGAAAAGAAAAUAUGUAAUGCCAUUUUUGCUAUUAGUAAUGUAAAGAAAAAGGGUUUAUAUUAUUUUAAUAAAAACUUACAUAUAUUUUCCCUUUCUGAUUUUUUAUACAAAAUUGAUAAUGAGAAUGAAAAGAUAAAUAUUAAAUCCUUACCAUUUGAGGAAAAUGUUUUAUUAAUAGAAAAUAAUAAAGAAGAUUAUUUAUCCUUUAUAUACACGGAUAAGCAAAACAUUUAUGUGUUUGAUUACACCACCGAUGAAGUGAAGUUAUACUGUAAAACAGACCUGCUCAUUAAGAGGUUGAAGCAUAUAGAUAAGUUUCUCUUCUUGGUUCAAAGCGCAGAAGAAAAAAUAUUUUUUUUGAACGAUAAGAUGUUGUACGAAUGUCAGGAAUUGGAUGGACCAAUAAAUAACAUGGAUGAGAAGAACGGGGUAUUCCUAUUCACCCAUUCGGAUAAAGAAACGUUUAUUUUGAAAGAUGAAAAUAAAAGUUGUUCUUACGAUUUGGGACCACUGAACAAGGAAAUUGAUAUAACAUACGAUAGUUGUAGUAUAAUUUGUGCCAAGAUUUUAGAAGCUGAUAAGAAAAAAAAAAAAUUGUUUAUAGUCGUUUUAUACAAAGAUUCGAACGAUAUAACAAGUAUUACCUAUGACAUACAUAUAGAAGAUAAUGAAAUGAGAAGAAUUAAUUAUUCUAUAAAUGAUUUUUUUUUUGAAAAAUUUGAUAAGAAUAAUUUUAUUAAAUGUAUGUAUAUAAGUGAAUGGAAAAUAUUGGUCUCUCUUUCAUCAGAAUCUUGUGAGGCCAUUAUUUAUACACAUAAUGAACAUUUCGGAAAUAAUAAAAAUUCAAAUGAUUUAAAAAUUUUAUGCAUUAAAGAGGGGUAUAAAAUCAAUACAAGACAAUCAGAUACCUUCUUUUUAUCAUUAUUUAUGUAUACAAAAUACGUAGAUAAAAUAUAUAGAAAAAGUAAAAUAGGCAAUGUUCCAUUUUUAAAAGAUCCAAAUGUUUUUUUUCUUUUACAAGAUAAUCAAAAAAUAGUUGUAGAGUAUUUAGAUCAAUUUAAGUUAGAAGACAUUUCGGACUUUACUUUUAAUAAUAAUGAAAAGGAUACGAAUGAAUGUGAAAUGAAAGAGGUAAGUCUAUUACCUAACUUAAGUCAUGACAUUGUUGAACUGCAUCAACCGAUCACUACAAACGUGUUAAAUGUAUUUGAGGUUAAAGAGUAUCCUUUGUGCAAAGUAGCGUCCGUGAAAAAAAUUGAAUCCACUCAAGCGAAAAAACAAAGCAUCUUUACCAUUUUUAAGAGUAAGAACAAAGCCAAGGGGGAGGAGAAUCUAUCCUCUGAUAGGGACGUCGAUGAGGAGAAGCAUGUUAAGCAGGAAAAUGAUAAAAAAAGUUGUGCGGAAAAUUACAUGCAUGACAAUGGUAAUAAUUACGAUAACGGUGCAAAAAUUUCAACUAUACCGGUUUUCACAAAAGGGAUCCAUAAAAGCCAAAAUUUAUUAGUUAAGACAAAAGACACACAUGACAAUUCAGGUUUGACGAAUGAGAUGAAUAAAAUACAUUAUGAACAUAGAAAUGGAAAAGAUAAAGAAGAAAAAAUUGGGGAUACUACAUCAUGUAGCAGAGUCGAUCCAACUAAAGAAUGGCAAGAGAAAUACGCGAAGAUAAAAAAAAUGGUGUAUGAAGAUGAACUUGUCAUUAUUAACAAGAUACCAGAUAAGUAUAAUAAAUUAAUGAAUGGUGGAAUGUUUAUGUAUGAAGAUUUUUUACUUAAUGAAAAUCCAUAUUCAAUUGAAAAAACAAAAUAUGUAAAAAUGAGUAGUAGAAAAAAAGAAUGGCAUUAUGAUAAGGGGCGCGCAAAAAUUAUUUUCUUGCAUGAUGCGGAUUAUGUAGGGGGUGAACACAAAUUAACGAAAACGAAAAGGAAAAAUGAAAACGAAAAUGGAAGUGCAAAUAAGUACGAAAUUGAAAACAAAAGCAAAAACAAAAAUAAGAAUAAAAACGAAAAGGUCGACUUUUGUAAUUACUUCACUUGUGCAGAUUUUGAUUUUUAUAAACAUAAAAGAUUGUCCGAUAAGCAAUGCGAAAAAAUUAUUAACAAAAUAGAAAGGAAGCAACAUUUUAUAUUUGACAUUAAAAAAGUUUUUUUAAAUGAUGAGGGGGUAAAAAAAGGGCAAGGAGUUAGAUCUUGUAGCAAGGGAGGACACGCCCAUGAAGGAAAAGCUGUUCAACGUAGUGGUAAUGUUGGAAGUGGUACUAGCAGCAGUGGUGGAAGCAAUGGUGGAAGCAGUGGUGUUCGUGCUGAUAAGGACGACAUGUGCGAUGCACAUUCAGAUGCAAAUACAAGAAAUGACGAUAUGCUGUAUGAUGCGGAUAUUAAGUUAUACCUUUGCAAAGAAGAUAUGAGUAAAUUUUACACAGAUUUGAAUGUAUAUUUUUCAAAAAGAAAGUUAAUAAAAGUAAAUAAUGAAUUAUUUGAUAAUUUAAAAAACGGUGGUAGUGUAAAUAGUACGCUAUUUCAAAUAAUACUUUACAAUAUUUUUCAUCAUGGUGGUUUAAAAUAUUGUGAGUCUUUUAUGUAUUUUAUUUUAAAGAAUUCAAGUAUACAAUGCUUUUCAAAUGCUUUCUUUCUUCUUGAACAUUAUUUUAACUUUUUGAUAACUCCAUAUGUAAACAUAAAUAGAGAGGUAAAUAAUGGUGUUAGGAAGAUAGUUCUGAGAAAAAAUAUUUUAAGGGACGCACCCAUUUUAAGUGGUAAGCCUACUACCAUAAGCAGUGGUACUAGUUAUGCCAAAUAUAAUAAUCCUAAUAAUGGCAAACACAAUGAAGAUCUAGACAAUUUAGAUAGUGAAUACAGUACAGAUAGUUAUUGUGAAGAUGACAUAUAUAAGAAAAUAAAAAAUGAAAAAGAUGAAAACAAAAAAAGGGAGUACCUUUCCAAGAUAAUUCCUCUGUAUAGUGAAGAAAUGAAUAACGAACAGGAAUUAACUUUAUUUUAUAUAUUGAACAGAAGUGUUGAUUUUUUAAAUAAUCAAUUGUGCUACUCCUUCUCACAAAAGUUGAUACCAAUUAUUUUAGAUAGCAACUUAAACAAUAUAGACAAUGAUUUAAGCUUAAUCAAAUGCUAUCUGUUGAAUGCCAUUUUGAAUAAAGAUACUGUAGGGCAGAUGACCUUAGCGGGGUCUUCUAUAGAAGGAGCAAAUUGA